UUCUAGCUUAGAGUGAAAACACCUCACUUUUGAGGAAGUAUCUGGAGUUCUUUUACAUGUUACCCUGCCAUUACCUUGGACUCUAUGUUCAGGGUGGAGUUUUAUUAAGGAUUAUCUGUGUUAAAGGGCUCCCAUAGAAUGGGUAUUGAAGUGCCCAAAGUGGAGGAUUGAUGUGUCCUUCCAGCUAGGGACAAUGUAAAUCUGGCAAUCAAGUGACUACUUUCUUCACUCAGUAGGUCUCUGAAGAAAUUCUCUUCUUAGGGCUAGCAUCCCAGUCCCGAUGGCUUUUGAGGAUCUCCUACCUGAAGUUGGAGAGAAGGGAAGAUUCCAAAUCCUUCAGGUCUUUUAUGUUGCUAUAAGUUACGUAUUUGUAGGUUGCCAUUAUCUGCUAGAGAACGUCACUGCCUUUGUCCCUGAGCACAGGUGCUGGGCUCCCUUGCUUGACAAUACCUCGGCUUUGCUCAAUGUCAGUGGGAAUCUUAAUUUUAGUUCCCUACUAAAGCUUUCCAUCCCUCUGGACUCCAAUGGGAAACUAGAGAAGUGUCGCCGAUUCUUCUGGCCACAGGGGCAGCCCUUGCUUGCAAAUGUCACAGGACAAAACCUGAGCCAGCUGGAGAUGCAGCCAUGUGUGGAUGGCUGGGUUUACGACCAAAGCACCAUCACUUCUUCCAUUGUGACUGAGUGGGACCUGGUGUGUGACUCCCAAACACUGAAGCCUUUGUCUCAGUCACUACUCCUUGCUGGGAUUCUGGUGGGAUAUCUCAUAUGGGGAUAUCUCUCAGACAGGUUUGGACGAAAACGCAUGCUGCUUCCAAGUUUCCUCAUGGUGGCUGUCUCCAGCACUGGGGCUGCCUUUGCCCCAUCAUUCCUGGCUUACUGUUGUUUUCGAUUCCUGCUGGGGUUUUCAAUGUCAGGACUCAUACUUGGCAGUGCAUCCCUUGUCAUGGAGUGGAUGGCCAGUCAGCAGCGGCCCCUGGUAGCAGUCAUGAUAGGCCUGUGCCUCAGCCUGGGCCAUCUGUUUCUUGGGGUUUUGGCUUAUGGCAUCCAUGACUGGCGCAAACUCCAGCUGGUGGUAUCUGCUCCCUUCUUUGUCUUCUUCCUGAUAUCUUGGUGGUUGCCAGAGUCUGCUAGAUGGCUGAUUGUCCACAACAAAUGUGAUGAUGCCUUAAAGGUGCUCAGACAAGUUGCAAAAAUCAAUGGAGUAAAGAAGCGGACCCUCACUGUGGAGGCUUUGAGAUCCACCAUGGAGAAAGAACUGGAUGCAGGACAAACUUAUUACACAUUGUUGGAUUUAUUUCGCUUCCCCAUCCUGCGUGCAAGAAUCCUCUGUUUGUCCUUGACGAGUUUCACAACAGGGAUGCUUUUCUAUGGACUCUCUCUGGAUCUACACAGCUUGGGGCGCAAUAUUCAAAUGCUCCAGGUUCUUUUGGGAGCUUCCAGCUUCCUCAGCAGGUUUGGGGCCUCGAUCAUCCUGAACUGCGUUGGUCGUCGAACAACAACAGGGGCUUUCUACCUCCUUGCUGGACUCUUCAUACUUCCCAGUGCAUUUCUGCCUCAAGGAAUUGCAUGUGUGGUUUUUGUAAUGCUGGCAAUCGUCUGUGCUGUGGUUUGCAUUUCCUGUAACGCUGUCUAUUAUGCUGAGCUCCUACCCACAGUAGUCAGGAACAUAUCUGGGGGAUUUAUUCUCAUGGUAGAUCAGAUUGGGGCAAUGCUGGCUCCAUUGAUGAAUAUACUCAAGCAAUAUAUGCCAGCCAUGCCACGGAUCAUCUUUGCAGUUGUAGCCAUCACUGCCAGCCUAGUGGUCUUCCUCUUCCUCCCUGAAACCAGGAACAAGCCAAUGCCUGACACCAUCCAAGAUCUAGAAUGUGGACAUUCAAGAGAAGUAGCAAGACCAAGAGAUUCGGGUGACAGCCUGGUGAAAAUAACCCACUUUUAGGAUUGUUCCAAGAUUCUGACGGAGAAGAAAAUGACUGUAACCAAACCUGGCUUUUCUCUUGUCAUGGUGGGGAGGCAAUGCAUCCAUUAUUUAUAGCACCAGUGGUCCUGCUUGGACUCCAGGCUCCCUGGAGGGUUCAGAAGUAUGAAGGAGUCAAGAAGUAUUAGUUAAAUACUUACUGAGUGCUAGGCACUGGAGAUACAAUGGCAAAACCCAGCAAGCUUUGCUCUCAAUGAGAUCAUCUUCUAUCUGGGGACACUACCCAAACUCAGACAAAGAAAUAGAAUAUCCUUAAAAUAUCCUUAAAAUAAAGAGUCCCAGAGAAUA